AUGGGUCACCUCCUGUGUGACCAGAGCCUGUCCCCUGCUCUGGGGACAUCCCAGAGCAUCCCAGUAUGGGAGAACCCCGUCUUGGAAUUGGGGACCCCUGGUGCUCAGGGUGUGACCCAAUGGGGGGUCCUGGUGCCAUCAGCUCUGACAGGACCCCUCUGUCCCACAGACUGGCUGGCACUGCAGGUGCCGGCGCGGGCGCAGCUGGAGGGGGACACGGUGACACUGCGCUGCCGGGGCUGGCAGAACCGCACGGUCACCAGGGUGUCCUUCUACCGCGAGAGGGAGAAACUGAGGGGGCUCCACGAUGGCACCGAGCUGUCCCUGUCCCCUCUGCAGCUGAGCCACAGCGGCAACUACAGCUGCAAGGGCCUGGUGGGAUCCUGGGUGUUGCAUGUGUCAGCACCGGCGACAGUGACAGUGCAGGCCAGGUUAGAGUUGCAGGUGUCGGCGCGGGAGCUGCUGGAGGGGGACACGGUGACACUGCGCUGCCUGCGCUGGCAGAACAACCCGGUCACCGGAGUGCAAUUCUAUCAUGGGGACCAGGAGGUGGGGAAGCCCCUCAAUGGGACCGAGCUGUCCCUGUCCCCUCUGCAGCUGAACGACAGUGGAAACUACAGCUGUGAGGGCCGGGUGGACUCUGGAGUGUCACUGUGGGCAAAGUCGGCACCAGUGACAGUGACAGUGCACGGUGAGCACCCCCUCGGCUGGAACUCCAAUCUCCUGACACCCCCAAAGCCCAUUCCCAAGCACUUCUCGCUGCCGGUGCUGGAGGGUCCCCCCGAGCCCAGCCUGGGGUCCCCCCUGACUCUCAGCUGCCUCAGCACCCCCAGCCCCCUGCGGCCCCCAACCCCCCUCCUGCACGUGUUCUACCGGGACGGGCAGGUGCUGGGGGGCCCGCAGGUGUCCCCACAGCUGCUGGUGCCCUCCGUGGGGGUCUCCCACUCGGGGAAUUACAGCUGCCAGGUGCGCUCUGAGGGGGGGUCUGUGCGGAAGAGCAGUGCCCGGCUCCGCGUCACGGUGCGCAUGCCCGUGGCCAAUGCCACCAUCACCCCCGGUCCCCUGGCACACCAGGUGCACCCAGGUGACAACGUCACCCUGCACUGCUCAGUGCAGGUGGGCUCAGCCCCUGUCACCUUCACCUGGCUGCACAAUGGGCAGGAGGUGGCUCGGGGUCCCCUCCUGGAGCUCAGGGACAUCGAUGUGGGACAUUCGGGCACCUACCAGUGCGUGGCCACCAACCAGCUGGGACAGGACGGGCACCGCGUGUUCCGGGCAUUCAGCCCUGAGCUAGCAAUGACAGUGAAAGCAUGGGGACACAGGGACACAGUGGCCGCAGGGGUCGGUGGGGCCCUUUUGUUCCUGCUCCUGCUCGUGGGUGUCAUUGUGGCCUGGCACUGGUGGCACCUCCUGGCUGCCAGGAAGAACCAGGAAAGGGCCCCCCCAGAUCCCCUGGCUGCCCCAGAGGAGGGGCAGGUGCUGUACACCCAUGUUGUGGUCUCCAAGAGGGCAGGGGGUGAGUAUGGAGGGGGGACACAUGCAGAGGGACAUGUCACCCACGAGUGUCACCCCACCCAGAUCCCACAGCCCGUGUCUCUCGCAGUGUCCCCCCGUGCCACCACCCUCCAGGAUCCCCAGGUGACCUACGCAGAGCUGAGGGGACACCAGGGGCGACCGCGGAAAACUGGUGACAUCUGUGGGAAUGUGCUGUGACACUGGGGGGAUCUGGGGGGCACUAGGGGUCCCCACCCAUGGGCACCAACUCGUGUAUGUGCUGCCACCAAAAACUGCUCCUCUCCCUCCCUGUGGGGGCACAAAGAUCCCAAAGGGCUGAGAGAAGAACAAUUUCCUGUAACAGCAAUGAGAGAGAAUAAAACCAACAGCAACAGCAACAA